AACCACUCAAGGCUAGCAUCGUCUCCUUUAAAAUACCAAGAAGUAAGAACGUUUCCCUUCACUUCAAUUCAUCCCCUUCUCCAUCCUUCACAGUUCCAUUCAUUUCUUGAAGAAAUUAAUUAAACAAAAGCAGAAACAGAGACGCACAGAGCAGAAAGGGAGAGGGCAUUGAUUGGUUGAUUAAUAUGGGCAUGGUGGUGCUGAAGAAAAGCAUUGCUGCGGUGAUGAUCCUGGCGGUGGUUAUGGCGGCAAGUGCGGAGGUGGGCGAAGCGCUGAGCCAAUGCGGGAAAGACUGCAUGCCGGUUUGUCUGAGAGUGGAGGGUGCCACCAUCCCCGCCUGCCAGGUCAGCUGUGAGGAUUUCUGCAACCACGGCGGGAACAAAGGCGGCGGCGGCCAAAUUGACUUCUCGAAAUUCAAGUUUAGUCAUGGUUAAGGACUCCAAAAUAAUGGGAACCCAUGUGUUGUUAAUUCAUGGUGAUCUUUUUCACUUGCCAUAUCUUUUCUCUACGUUUAAUUUAUGGAUGUUAUGUCGCCAAUAAAUUAAAAUUAGCUAAUAUGUAUUUGUA